AUGAAGCUGAAGAUGUUUGGGUUCAUCAUAGGGCUAGUGGCCAUGUCUUUAACUCUUUUUUUCUUGUAUACCAACAACAUAAUUCCACACACAUACCUGCAUGUGGGGAAAAUCUCAAAUACUUCAGUUCUUGUAGAAGUCUGUGAUAUGAUUGUGACAGGAAAGAAAAUGGUCUUGGAUGAAAAUAUACCAAUGACAUCAUUGAGAGAUAUAACUUGUCAACAAUACUUGAUACAGAAUCACUAUAUAAUGGAGCCUCUAUCCAAAGAAGAAGCUGAGUUCCCUCUGGUAUAUAUCAUGGUCAUCCACAAAGACUUUGAUACAUUUGAAAGGCUCUUCAGGGCUAUUUACAUGCCCCAAAAUGUCUACUGUGUUCAUGUGGAUGAGAAGGCCACAGCUGCUUUCAAAGAGACAGUGGGAAAACUACUGAGCUGCUUCUCAAAUGCCUUUCUGGCCUCUAAGAGAGAGUCUGUGGUCUAUGCAGGAAUUUCUAGGCUCCAGGCUGACCUGAACUGCUUGAGAGACCUGGUGGCCUUGGAGAUUCCCUGGAAGUAUGUGAUCAAUACCUGUGGGCAAGAUUUCCCCCUGAAAACCAACAAGGAGAUAGUUCACUACCUGAAAGGCUUUAAAGGGAAAAAUAUUACCCCAGGGGGGUUGCCUCCUCCUCAUAUUAUCAGAAGGACUAAAUAUGUGCACUUAGAACAGAGAUUCUCUCUUUUUUCCUUUAUGCUGUGGACUUGGAUACGAAAAAGGCCUCCUCCCCAUAACCUGACCAUUUACUUUGGCUCUGCCUACGUUGCCCUUACAAGAGAGUUUGCUAAUUUUGUUCUCCAAGACCAGAGGGCUAUUGAUUUACUUGAGUGGUCAAAGGACACCUACUCUCCGGAUGAACAUUUCUGGGUGACACUCAAUAUGAUUCCAGGUAUGUGGAACUGGAUUUCCAUUCUAAGUGUGCCCUAA